AUGGAGGCUCAGGAAACCUCCAGGCACCAAAAGAUCAAGAUGCACGCAACGGGCUUCAGAGACAAGAAGCGGGGACCUGCAGCCCAGAAGGAAGGUGCAAGUGACCCCGACUAUGAGAAUAUCACCUUGACCUUCAGAAACCAGAACCAGGCAAAGGAUGGUCAUCUACCCCCCACGAGUCAAGCUGACCUGCCUCUCUGUCCUUGCCCAGCCCAGCCCAGGCCACCCUCGGACCUUGUCCAGGUCCCCUGUUGGCUGUACAAAGCUAUCAUGAGUCUCUACGUCCUCCUGGCUCUGGCUUUUCUCUUCUGCAUCAUCCUCUCGGCCAUUGUCCUGGUGAAAAAUUCUGAGAUGUCCCGGGAGCUGCUGGACUUGAAGAGGGAGCUUUGGAAUGUCUCAAAUUCCGUGCAAGAAUGCGAGAAGAAGCAGAAGAAGGGCUGGGAGUCCAUCAAGCAGAGCAUCGUGGAGGUCAGGACCAUGGUACAGAUACUGACGACGCUGCCAGCAGGUGCCCCUGCAGCCCUGCCCUCGUGGGGUGAAUUUGUCCCGGUGCCCAACGCAGAGCUGGGCCAGCGCCUAAACCUUAAUAAACAAGAGGACAGCGCAGCCGCAGCCGUAGCUUACAGGAUGGGCUGGAAGCUGCCCACGGAGACAGAAGGACCCGAGAGCCCC